AUGUUUGGAGACGUGAAAUCCAUCUUAGGUGGUGCUACCAAGAAGGAAGAAAAGGAUGAAGUCAAGCAGAUGUCUCUCUUAAAUAUCGGCAAGAAGUCAUCUGCUCGUCGAUCUGAGUCAAGUUUCAAACGCCCUGAGAAAAUGCAUCGGGAAUUAUAUAACCUAAUUGGAAGCUCGGAUGUCAAAGAGGCUAGCACUGUUGUCCCUACUGAAAUCAGAAGAGGUUUUGCCCAACUAAAUGCACAGGUGGGUUCCCUAGGCGGGCGUCCUGUUCGUAAGUACAAGUGGGUCCCUUUCACUAAUGAAGCUCGCAAUGAUUCCUUGCAACUAUAUCAUUGGCAGCGAGUCGACAAACUUGAGAAUCCUGAACCGUACCCAUUCGCCAAGUUCAAUAAGGUUAUCAGUAUUCCUGACUUCACAGAUGAAGAGUAUGAAAAGUACUUCAAGGUGGAAAAAUGGACACUUGAGGAGACAAGACAUUUGUUUGACGUUUGCCGGCGUUUUGACAUACGGUGGCCAAUCGUACAUGAUCGCUAUGAUAGAGAAAAGUAUGGGCUGAGAUCAAUGGAGGACUUGAAGGAGCGUUUUUAUGCCAUAGUGAAUGAGAUAGCCUUGUUGAAGGACCCCACAUGUGAACCGAUCUGUUUCGAUGCUGAUCACGAGCGUAGACGCAAGGAACAGGCAAUCAAGCUUUACAAUCGAACGAAGUCACAGGUUAAAGAAGAGGAAUAUCUCGCAGCCGAAUUGAAAAAAAUUGAAGCGCGGAAAAAGGAACGGGAAAGGAGGGCUCAUGAUCUUCAGAAGCUCAUCAAUACGGUUGAUCCGCCGGCUAGUCCAUCAGUAAGCGGAGCUUGCAUGUCACCGGCAAUGGGUAAGAAAAAGAGUGUCUUCCGUCAAAAAGGGAACUCAACGCUGGCCAGUGCCUCCCGUCUAGUUAAGAUCAGAAGCAUUCGAAAACUUUUGUGUUAUUCACGUAUUUUAGCGGAGCUUGCAUGUCACCGGCGAUGGGUCGAUGUGGCAGUGUCUUCUAUUCGGUUUCCUGAAUUCAAAUCUGCUGGUGCUCAUCUUCGUAGUCAGGAGAUGAAGCUACCGACAAACAUUGGACAGAAGAAGUUGAAAAACAUUGAGGUUGUCUUGAACAAAUGCAAACUAGAUCUAAAUCCAAUGGGGCUGGACACAGUUGUUGCGGCCUAUAAUGAAUUCCGCUCUCUUGUGAUUGCUUUGCAAGAGAUGAAGACGAUGUUGCAGUCUACUGAGUUUGAGCUCGAGAGCGCGCGCGGCAGAUUGAUUGAGGAGGGCAAGCAGCCAUUCGACAUUGAACCGCGUAUGCGUAUCUCCACUCUGCCGGAAGGCGGAUUGGAUCCAGAUGACGUGACUGGAGAAGACGGAGCACCCGCCAGUAUUCGUCGAAUCGCUUCCUAUAUUGAUACUUCGUCUUCGACCAAUCCGUUGCUUGUGCGUAAGCGUAAAUUUGGUGUCUCAUCAUCUUCGAUGGAUCUCGUGCGAUCUCGCAAGGCUUAA